GAGGCAGGCAGAUGUUGUACAGAAUAAAAUCUAAGAUCGUGGAAUAAUUAAUAAAAUAUAUUUCACGGCUUUGAAGCCUCCCCCUCUUUCAGCCCUCCUCGUGAGCUCCAGUCUAACCGUUCCCGCAGUUACUCUUCGUUGACUCGCUCGCCUGAUGCGCAGCGCCUCCCCAACUGUUCCCUCACUUUGACAAAUUCUUGGUCGUGAGCUGGACUGCUGAAGGACUUUGUAUCUGACAAAGAUGACCCGCUGAAUGUUGCUGAAUUUAAAAACAGUUCUGCCGCGCUAAAUAUUUUCUUCCAGUCGCAAACUGUCCGGUUGGGGAGCGCGCCAUGGCACUUUGGUCAUUUUGGAGCUUUUUUCUUUUGUCUUGCGUGCUGCUUUACCCCUUUCACCCCGAGUUUGGAGUUCAAUCGGAGAUAACUUUUUCCAGAUCAAUCAACAGAUUUUAUCGCCUGGAUGCAGCGCCGCUGGGGGCGAACGUGGCUGGAAAAUCAUCGGGGAUCACAGUGGCGCUUAAUGUCAACGAUAAUGAAGUUUUAAACAGGUUGGAAAUGGAAGAAACCGUCACUUCAAAACCGAGCAGUGGACAGCAGGAGGAUAAAACACUGAGCAGAAAUGAGACUCCAGCGGGAAUCAGAGCAAACUCCAACGAUGUUAAAAUCCCUCAUAAAAAGUAUGAAAACACCGAAGAAGAGCGAGAUGGAACGGGUUUAAUGUCAAAACGUCUUUCUGUCAGGGGAAAAAAGGUUAAAAGGAGCGUGGGAGCGUCAUACAAGGAAAACGGGGAUAGGAGUACAAGUGGAGAGGCGCAGUCGCCGGAGAGGUUCGUGGACACUGCUCAAGGUGUUUCCAAGUCCAGACCAGAGUACCGACGCCCUGGGGAGGAAGCCAGAGGGUCAAACCCAAGGCAAAGUGAGCCACACCUGGACACUUCUACCUUUGCGCUGUCGGGAGACUCGGCUCACAAUCAGGCGAUGGUGCACUGGUCCGGGCACAACAGCAGCGUGAUCCUGAUCCUGACAAAGCUGUACGACUUCAACCUGGCUGCUGUUACCGAGAGCUCGCUCUGGAGAUCAACUGAUUAUGGGAGCACCUACGCCAAACUCAAUGACAAAGUGGGUUCAAGGACGGUCCUGAGCUACCUCUAUGUUUGCCCUACCAACAAACAGAAGAUAAUGAUGCUUAGCGACCCAGAAGUAGAGAGUGCUGUACUCAUCAGCUCAGAUGAAGGGGCGAGCUUUGAGAAGUAUCCCAUUAACUUCAACAUCCUGAGCCUCCUAUUCCACCCUGCACAGGAGAACUGGAUCCUGGCUUACAGUCAUGACAACAAGCUGUAUAGCUCCAUGGACUUUGGGAGGAAAUGGCAGCUCGUCCAUGACAGUGUAAUGCCGGGCAGAUUCUACUGGGCGGUAAUGGGGCUGGACAGAGAAUCAGACGUGGUCCACAUUGAGACACACAUUGCAAAAGGCCGUGCUCAGUAUGUGAAGUGCAGAGCCCACAGAUGCACGGAUGGCAACAGACAGUACAUCUUUCCUGGACACGUGGACACAAACUCGCUUGUUGUACAGGAUGAAUAUGUUUUUACACAGGUAACCAAGUCAGGACGAACCAGCUACUUUGUAUCCUACAUGAGAGAGCCCUUCAGGCAGAUGGAGCUACCAAAAUACUGUCUGCCAAAGGACAUGCAUAUUAUCAGCACAGAUGAGAAGCAGGUUUUUGCUGCAGUCCAAGAGUGGAAUCAGAACAACACGUACAGUCUGUAUAUCUCAGACUCCCCCGGGGUCUACUUUAUCCUUUCAUUAGAGAAUCUGAGAACCAGCAGAGGGUCCGCUGGUAACCUACUGGUUGACUUUUAUAAGGUUGAGGGGAUAAACGGCAUGUAUCUUGCCAACAAACUGGUGGAUGGUCACAUUAAGACUUUCAUCACAUACAACAAGGGACAAACAUGGGCUCUGCUGCCAGCUCCUGCCACUGAUGUUGUGGGAAAUAACCUUCACUGCAUUCUGCCAUUUUGCUCGCUGCAUCUUCAUCUGGAGAUGUCAGAGAAUCCCUACACAUCUGGACCCAUCACCAGCAAAAAGUCUGUACCGGGAAUCAUCGUGGGAACAGGGAAUAUCGGCAUAGAGCUGUCCUCCUCCAACCUUGGGAUGUUCAUAACAUCUGAUGCAGGAAAUAGUUGGAGACAGAUUUUUGAUGAAGAGUACAACAUUUGGUUUCUGGACAACGGUGGAGCUUUGCUCGGAGUCUUACAUGCGGCCACCCCGAUUCGACAUCUGUGGAUCAGUCUGGAUGAGGGGAAGAAAUGGGAUCGCCACAGUUUCUCCUUGGCACCUUUGUAUGUGGACGGAGUUUUAAUGGAGCCAGAGUCUGACAAUCACAUUAUCACCUUUUUUGGACACUUUAGCCAUCGAUCUGAGUGGCAACUGAUCAAGAUUGACUACACGGGUCUUUUUAGCAGGCGAUGCAUGGAUGGGGAUUAUCAGACGUGGCUUUUACACAACAAGGGAGAGCUCUGUGUGAUGGGUGAAAAGCAGGUCUAUAUGAAGCGAAGGCCUGGCAACCGUUGCAUGCUGGCCCAAGACUACUCCAGGAUCUACUCCUCAGAGCCAUGUCUCUGCACAGCCUAUGAUUUUGAAUGUGAUUAUGGGUGGGAACGCCAAACGGAUGGGAAGUGCUCUCCCGCUUUUUGGUUUAAUCCAAAUGGUGCGGCUAAAAGCUGCAGCUCCAGCCAAAGCUUUCUUAACAGCACUGGGUACCGGAAGGUUCUGUCCAAUAACUGCAAGGAGAGAGGGAGGAACUUCUUCUCACCUAAGAGGGUGGCGUGUCAUCCCCGAGCUCCUCGAGGCCUCCAGCUGACCACGGGAAAUGGAGAGCUGAGCGCCACCGUCCAAAGCAAUGUCACGUUCAUGAUCCGCCUCGAUUAUGGAGACUCGCCGAGCACCAGCAUCCAACUAGACUUCGGGGACGGCAUCAAGAUCACAUACUCCAACCUGAGCAGGACCGAUGACGGCAUCAAGCACAUCUACAGGAUGACUGGGAUUUACCGAGUGACAGCCUCUGCGGAAAACAACCAGGGAUCUGACAGCAGCACGCUCUUCUUACACAUCACCAGUCCAGUGGAGCGAGUAUACCUCUCUGCUCCCAUUGUGGCCGUCAGUGGGAAAGCGGCUAAUCUGACCGCAGUCGUUUGGCCGAGCCACACCAGAACUCUGACCUUCUUCUGGUGGUUUGACAACAGCUCCGAGCCCAUUAUUACUCUGGAAGGAAGCAUCUCCCACAUGUUUCACAGAGAGGGGAAAAACAAGGUCACAGUCCAAGUUGCUUGUGGAAGCAUCGUCAUGCAGGACUCCAAAGUUAUCACUGUUAAAGAGUUCUUCAGGUCACUGCUGUUGUCGUUUUCGCCGACUCUUGAUGAGCACAAUCCUGACAUCCCAGAGUGGAGGGAGGACAUAGGCCGUGUGGUGCGGACAGCUCUGUCAAAGGUGUCUGACGUUCCUGAAGAUCAGCUGAUGGUGUCCAUGUACCCGGGACUCCCAACCACCGCUGAGCUCUUUAUCCUGCCUGAUGAGCGCACCUCAAGUGAACACAAGAAAAACAGUGAAGAAGCACUGGACAUGAUAUCAGAUAUUUUUGCCAGUGCCCUGAACCAAGGCCGGAUCCAGUUUGAGCUGAAAGCUAAUACUCGCAUUAUCGUGUACAUGACUCAGCAAACUUUGGCUCCACUUGUGGAUUCAAAUACCAUCCAUAGUGGGUCGGCCAUGCUCAUGCUGCUCAGCGUCGUAUUCGUUGGUUUAGCUGCAUUUUUUAUCUACAAAUUCAAAAGAAAAAUCCCAUGGAUUCAUGUUCAGACAGAGGAUCGCCACGAGAAGGAUCCAGAGGUGAUGAGCACAGUGGGUCAGAACGAUGCCAUGUCCAAGGUCAAACUCAGCGAGUUUCCAUCUCAGAAAGAAUUCAUGGAAAAGGAGCUGGAGGGCAGAAGCAGAGGAGGAUUUGGAAGAAAUAUGGAGAGAAUCGUCACAAGAGAAUUUCCAAACUGUACUAAUGUCUAAGACAUGAGCUCUGUUACUGAGUAAGUACUGAGCUGUCGUGUUUUAAUUGUGCUAAAAUAGUUUGUUGUUUUUUUUUAUUAGUUUCGUUUUCAAAGCUGAUAUCUACUAUUGUUCAGUCAUUUUAACUCCCAGGGAUAGGAAUAGUGGUUUCCAGUAUUUGUGUAUAAAAGUCCAUCGAGACAACCUCCAGUUUUUAAGGGAUCGAACAGCUGAAAGUAGCUGAGAAUGUUUUUACUGCUGCCAUUCAGCACACAUGGCUAAUGUCUAAAUGUUAAGGAGAUAAUAUUUGAGUCUGACAACAUUUGACCACCACUUACGUACUGUGAAGUAAAAAGUGUUUGACCCUUUCCAGGUCUAUUUUGUUUUUGCUUUUGUGAUAAACAAAUAAAUUCCAUCAUGAAGAGGAGGAAGGCAGAAUUUUCAAAAGAUGAAUGGGAAGAUGUUAUCCUAGCCAACCUUUACCCCCUCUGGUAAAUCACAAUUUAACAGUGAACAUUAAUUUUAUUUAAAGUUACAAUAUGGAACAUUUUAAUAAAAAGCUAUAUUAAAAAAUGAUACCUCCACGGGGUCUUUGGAGCUGUGCAGAAUGAAUGUACAGUUUCUCCUUUAAAAGCUAUAUUGAAAAAAAAUUGUCCAAUUUUUAUUUUGUCGGACUUGACAAUAUGUCGUAUAUAUGUCGAUGGGCAUGACACUGGGCUUACAUUUACAUCUACCAGCCACUAGAGGGCACUACUGCGCUAAAAAGCCCGCUCAGCAAGGCGAGGCUGGGACUGUGUAAAAUGGCCGACUUGACAGGUCAAGCAGCUUAUUCUGAUCUCAGAAGAUUUAUUUAACAAUAAAUACUGUUUUGAAAUAAACUUAUUGGAAGAAAUUAGUCUUUACGAUUUGUCUCUGAACGUGGUGCUGAAAUGUGUCAACAGUGAACCAAUAUCCCGACGGCUGGAAACUUUGUCCUGUUGUUGCUACACCACCUCUGAACACCAGAGUCCACCACAGUGUCUGUGUUCCAUAGUCAACCUUGUGUUUAAUUGUAUCAACACCAAGCUCUGAUUACUACCAGUCUUAUAGAAAUAACAAAUCACAACAACAGUCAAAUUCUAAAGCAAAGGAACCCAGAAUAUUAUCUAAAGUGCUGCAGGCCUCUUGUUUUAGGUCGAUGUCAGAGUUCAUGAUUCAGUGAUGAGAAUCAUUUGCCUAAAAGCCAUUAGAUGGGACUUUAAAGAAAAUAUUCCGUGGGAUGAUGAGAUAAAUGUGGAACUUUCUGGAAGUUGGGCACCACUUUAACGAUGUAUUUCAGAUAAAAACUCAUCGUAGCAACAGUCAAACAUGGUGGUGGUUUGGGGCUGAUUUGCUGCUGAAGAACACAUCGAGGAAAAAGUCAGAAGAUAUGAACAUUUAUUCACCCGUGAGAGAAUAAGCACAAAAUACGGAGCAAACGUGGAUGGAAAUGACGGAAAAUGUGGGUUUAGAGGUGGCGACCAAAUAAAGAGGUGGAGUAGAAUGAAGGACAAAUUAUUUCCGUGUUAUAAAGUCUCUGAAAUAAACCAACACAUUAGUAAAUACACUAUCAGGGACUGGAUACAUGAGUGUUAUGAUGGCAGGAUACCACAGAACAGCGCUGCGCCCUCUGUUGUCCUGGCGGGGAAUUGCUUUGCAACACCCCGCUGCCUGAACAGAAGUUCAAACGUGAAAACCUUUCAGACACUCCGUGUACGUCUCUCUAUUGCGGAGCUCACGGAAAAGUAUGAUUCAGGCUUAAAAUCUUUAUUUUCUAAUCCUGUUUGUUAUGUGUCAUGGAAUUUUUUACGUAGUAGACUGGAUAGCUUUCCCCCCUUAAUAAAUAAAAAAAGUCAUUGAAAACAUUUUGAAUUGAAUCAGGUUACCUGUGUUAGGUAAACACAUUUAUUUUUUAUUUGAAAUAUUUAAGUGUGACGAAGACAGAGAAAAAAAUCUGAAAAGGGUCAAAUGCUUAUUCACAGCUCUGUAAUCUGGUUCUUUUUUAGGGUUACAUAACCAGCACAAGACAGAUAAAUGUGUUUGAUAAAAUAUCACAUAAAUGUUAUGUUUUUAUUUCUACCUCACAUCAUUUACUUGUUUAUUUUCUUUUUUUUUUUCUUAAAAUGUUCCCUUACCACACAAAUUAACUCAGGCUGUAAUCUGACCUGUCAUUUUCUUUUCUUUAUAAGAGUUAUUUUAAUAUUUGUGUCCUGCUUGGCUCACUCUGUGUGCGUAUUUUUUACGACAAACAGAACAGGUAUGCCUCCAUGGCAUUGAGAUAUAAUGACUACCUUUUUGUGAAAUUCUGCUAUCCUGGAGUUUAUCAUCUUUGUACCUUAAAAUAAAAGAUAUUUGACUAUUACAUAUAACUCUGAUGUGUGAUAAUGUCAAAAUCUGACUGUUGUGAAUGCUGAAAAAACUCUGUUGGAUGUACAGCGAUUUAAAAGAUUGUUUGAUGAAAGUCUGGCCUUAAGGGUUAAAGUUGUACAUAGAAAAAGAAGGGAUAUAAUAUAUUCAUUCUUUGUUGUAAAGUCACUGAUCAGAGCUGUAUUGUGUUUCAAUCACCUCCAGUCCAGCAACAAGCUGUAUACUUUGAUUUAAUUUUUUUUAAACGACGACAUGCCCUGACGGUCUGUGAUCAAAGACUGCACUGGGGUGUGUGAGUUCUGUACAAAUAUAUUUAUUUAUGGUGAUUUUAAAGUUUACUUGGCGCAUUAAACUAAUUAUUAAACACUUGUGUACUGGUCUAGUUGUGCAGUCGUUCAAACGUUAUGCAUGAUACGAUCAAUAGUGUUGUACCCUUUUGUCAGUUCUUUGUUUUAAAUCACAUUUCUUCUGAAACUGUUCAAAAUAAAUGUAUUUUUAUAUCAUUAA